AUGCUAUUUUUGCCAAUCGCAGUAAGGCAAGGUCGGAGAGCGCUUUCAUCGAAAUCUGGCGCGCUGGAAAAAGCACUUGGAAUACGGGGAUGGACUGUUCCCAAAUUUCUGGCUCCCAAGGUCGUUCUCUUCUACCAGAAUGAUUGGACCUUACAUCUCGAUGACCACUCUCCGAACCACAAAGAGUCUCCCCAGAUCAUGCAGGAGUUGCAAGGUACAACAGGUAUAGAUGCACGGGCUCUUGUCGACAUCCUUCCCGGGAUGAGACGCGCACGAGAAAGAUUGCAAUGCGUGUCGAGGCGUGUCACCACAUUGCAGGACAUCGCAUACCCUCUGUUCGGAACCUUCGGCGUCCAGCUACCUAUUGUGUAUGGUGAGAAGAAACAAAAGGUACUCGAACGGCUUUUGCAGGAGAUGGUAGCUCAGUCAGGGGACAUUACUGCCUGA